AACACUAGAGUUGUCUUGUGAUCUAUAUUGUGUUCUAACAAAAACCUUUGAAGUUAAUAAAACUAAGAGAAGUGUUUGUUUAUACGAUUGAUCGUUGAGUCCUAUAAAGCACAAAGUUGGAUUCAAAUCCUAACAGACACGAAGAAAGCAAAUAGUACUUUUGUCAUUGUCUGAAGACACACACGUGUACAUCACAUCACCCAUGGAAAAGGUAUCUUGGAGAAGAAGGGAAGACAGAGGAGAUAAUGCAUCAUUGAAGAAGAGAAUUAAAAGAGGAGGAGGAGAGGUGAUUGAGAUACCCAACGACGAUACGUUAGAAGAAAUAAUGGUGAGGCUUCCCGUGAAAACCCUAGUUCGAUUCCAAAUCGUGUCUAAACACUGGAGAGGUAUGAUAACAUCGAGCUCCUUCAGGGAGAAAUACCUGCUGCAUCAGAAAACGCAGGAACCCAAAUUUGUCUGUAUUUACGAAGAUGAAGACUGGAACUGCCAUAACCUUGCUGCAAAGACGAUGAGUAGGAUGGAGUGUAGUACUUGUCUAGCGGAAGAAGAAGAAUGUCAUAUUACUAUGGAUGAUAAGGAAGAGAAGUUGGUGGUAAUUUCCGAUAGUCUGGAUGGUCUUGUGUGCCUCUAUGGCUUUACGGACUUGACAAGACCAAUUAAAGUGAUAAACCCUGCCACCAGAUGGUCCCACACGCUCCCUCUUGCUCAGAUUCAGCGUUCCCACAAGAAGAAAAAGUUGUUCCCUUCUCCAGGGUUUGGAAAAGACUACGUCACAGGAGCUUACAAACUAGUCUGGUUACAUAACAUUAACGACGACAACACGGCCACCUGCGAGGUUUUUGAUUUCGGUGUCAAGCAAUGGAGGCAGGUAAGUCCACCUUGUCCUGAUCAUCAUCGGAUAGAUCAGUACCGAGAACCAAUUUUUGCAAACGGAUGGCUUUAUUGGUUUUGCCAAGACAAGACGAAAUUGGUUGCUUUUGAUCUUCACAUGGACACGUUUCGAGUCAUUCCAAAUCCAUCACCACCAUCAUCAUCGGUUGUUGAGAUGCAUAUGGGCAGCAUAGAUGAUGACCGUCGUCUUAUGUGGAUUUCAGAGAUCAAUAAAGAUGGCAUGCAACACGUUUGGAGGCUCACUAACCACAACACAGGAGGUGCAUUAUUGAAAAUGGGCAAGAUGUUCUCCUUUGAACUGAACAAGAUAUUUUGGAUAGAACCUUUCCCUCAUCCUUCUUCCCACCUCAGACUUGAGGCCCUUUCCAAGAAGGGUAACAAGGCCAUGCUCUCAAUUCCCUCUUCCCAAUUUUUCUACCUAUUUCAACACCCCACAAACCUUACUUCCAUUUCUUAUUCUCCUCCUCGUCCCACUCACAGUUUAAUCCGUUCUUAUUUCCCAAGUUUUGCCUCUCCCUUGUGAAUUAAUGCUCAAUUUAUUCUCUUCAACAAAAUGUAGUUUAUUUUUACUUACAUGUCCGAGUAAAUUUGGAAAAUCAUUGAAGCAACCGUUGUUUUUCUUUCCGGAGUUAUAAUAGUUACUUUUGAGCCAAGAAACUAACUUAUGGACUUAAAAGACGCAAAACAGAACAUUAACCCUCACUAAAGUGAACAAAACAGAGCUUAUGACCAUGUUUUCAAUAGUUACUUGUGAGCUAAGACACUAACUAUGAGCUUAAAAGAUACAAAACAGAACCACUAAAGUAAACAAAACAGAGCUUAUGACCAUGUUUUCAGUACUUACUUGCGCGCUAAGAAACUAACUUAUGAGCUUAAAAUAUAUUUACUUACUUUCUCGCUUCCUUACAAAACAUAAACAUAUAACAGUCGUUAACAUGACGGCUGCAAUCAAACUGAUGAGAAUCAAAAUGAGUCUCAUCCUCCUUGAGGAUCCAUCUCUGUUCCAC